AAAGCCAUAGAAAAUAUGAGUUGUGUUGCGAUAUAAAGAGCGGGAUUUGUGUUAUUUAUACUAAUAAACAAGUCGACAAAUAAAUAUAUAAAUACAUUUGUAGUUAAAUAAAUCCAACAAAGGACAAUAAUAUUUAUUAUAAAAGUAAAAAAUUUUAUUGUCAAGUUCUAAGUAUUUUUGACACAAUGGCGGAUACAAAAAAUGAUACCAAGUCUGAGUCCGAGCACAUCAACUUGAAAGUUCUUGGUCAGGACAGUGCUGUCGUGCAGUUUAAAAUAAAAAAACACACGCCGCUAAGGAAACUGAUGAAUGCUUACUGCGAACGUGCCGGUCUAGCCAUCGCGUUGGUGCGUUUCAGAUUUGACGGGGCGCCGAUAAACGAAGCGGACACCCCGUACUCCUUGGAGAUGGAGGAAGGAGACACCAUCGAAGUCUAUCAGCAACAAACUGGCGGUAGAUGCUGAGCUUAGGUCAUAUUUUAUAAGAAAAACUAUUUAAUUAUAACUUUUUAUAUCAUUCGUAAACUUUAUCUCUUUCCGUACCUUAAGUUCGUUUUGAUUCAAAUCUUUGUCUGAGACAUUGAUCUAAAAAUUUAUGAGUGUGGAUGUAGCAGACAUCAGAUGAAUUUUAAAUUUUAAAUAAAUAGAGUAAAUAAUUUUAAAAAAUGCACUGAUUAAUUUUUGAAUUUUUUAGAUGCGCAUUUUUUAAAUUAUUUAUUGUAUUUAUUUGAAAUUAAAAAUUUGUCUGAUGUCUGCUACAUUCACACGAAAAAUUUCAAAAUUUUGUUUCCAUAAAUUACUCAUUUUUUUAAAUUCGUACUGUAGAUACUCUAUUGUUUACUGAUUUUUAAAAACUAUUUAAAUAUUUUCCAACUGACGAUCUCGUUUAUUAAUAAAUAAAAUAAUCGUUGAUUUGAUAUUUAAAAAUUUAUAAAGUUCUCGCGACGAUAAAAACUCCAGCAAAUUUAAAUAAAAAAAAACUAACUUAAUUUAAAAUGUUUGUCAAAAAAUUAGUGUGAAAAAUUAAAACCAAAUUUCGGUUUUAAUAAUUGAGGAGUUAAUUUUUUUACAAGCGACUUCUUUCUAAGUAAUAUUAAAUAUUCAUUGUAUAGAUUUUAAAUUAAAACAAGAUAAUGUAUUACUUAAUAAAGAAAAGUAAGAUUUUAUAA